GACGGAAGGGACCGGCCGCCUGGGCGCGGGGCCGCGCAGCCCGACGGCGGGAGUCGCAGACGAGCGCCGCAUGGGCCAGUGAGGACGCGCGGAGGCCCCCUCGCCGCGGCGGAGGCGGAGCCGCGCGGGAGCCCGGCGCUGCCCGGCGACCCUGCGUCCGAGCGAGCGGCACCUUGCGCUUCGCCCGGGGCCGGUGCGAAGUCCGCGCUAUGGAAGAGGAGAAAUACUUGCCUGAGCUGAUGGCCGAGAAAGAUAGCCUGGAUCCAUCCUUUGUGCACGCAUCGCGCCUUUUGGCGGAAGAGAUUGAAAAAUUUCAAGGUUCUGAUGGGAAAAAGGAAGAUGAGGAGAAGAAAUACCUUGAUGUUAUCAGCAACAAAAACAUAAAGCUCUCAGAAAGGGUAUUGAUCCCCGUCAAACAGUAUCCAAAGUUCAAUUUUGUGGGGAAAUUGCUCGGACCAAGAGGAAACUCCUUGAAGAGGCUACAGGAAGAAACAGGUGCUAAAAUGUCCAUCCUGGGCAAAGGAUCCAUGAGAGAUAAAGCAAAGGAAGAAGAAUUGAGGAAGAGCGGGGAAGCCAAAUAUGCCCACUUGAGUGAUGAGCUUCACGUAUUAAUUGAAGUGUUUGCUCCGCCUGGGGAAGCUUAUUCACGCAUGAGUCAUGCACUGGAAGAGAUUAAAAAGUUCCUGGUUCCCGACUACAAUGAUGAAAUUCGUCAGGAACAGCUACGUGAAUUAUCUUACUUAAAUGGCUCAGAGGACUCUGCUCGCGGCAGAGGCAUUAGAGGCAGAGGAAUCAGAAUAGCAACCACAGCUCCUGCAAGGGGCCGCGGGGGAGCCAUCCCUCCUCCUCCACCACCGGGACGAGGGGUUCUCACCCCUCGAGGGACCACUGUGACUCGCGGAGCCCUUCCAGUGCCCCCUGUCGCAAGAGGUGUGCCCACCCCUCGAGCCCGGGGGGCACCAGCAGUGCCGGGAUACAGGGCACCUCCCCCUCCAUCCCAUGAAGCUUACGAAGAAUAUGGGUAUGAUGAUAGCUACGGGGGUGAAUAUGAGGAGCAGACCUAUGACACCUACGAUGACAGCUAUACCACCCAGACGCAAAGUGUGCCUGAAUACUAUGACUGUGGUCAUGGAGUAAGUGAGGAUACCUAUGACAGCUACGCACCAGAAGAAUGGGUCACGACCCGCUCCAGCCUCAAGGCGCCACCGCCAAGGGCAGCCAGAGGAGCAUACAGGGAGCACCCCUAUGGUAGAUAUUGAAGGUCCUCCUCACCCGUGACCUCACCUCAAAGACAGUCGAUAGCCAGUGGUCUCCACAUAAACAGCAAAAAGACAAGUAAUAGUCCUUUUUUUUUUCUAUUCUAGGGAUAACUGCUCAUGAUUACUCCAAUAUAUCUCUUGUAUUUCCCCCCAUACUGUUGGCGUGACCUUGACACUAGUAUAAUUUUACAACACGGACUAAAAAAGACAUUGGCAAGCACUGUCUAUAAACCAUUCAGUAGGAUGAUAUUCUCUCGGUUGUUUUCAUUGUUGUGUGUAAUAUUUUUUUCUUCUUUCUUUUUUUUCCAAGUAAGAGCAUGAAUCUGUUAAAAGAUUUUGAGUCUCGAUCAACUAGCAAAAGCUUUGUUUAGGGUUGAUAAAAGACUGUAAUAUGAUUUUUGAACUAGCUGAUAAUAAAGUUGUAGAUAAGAUGUUUUAACCUGUCUUUUAAUAUCUGUUAGUUAGACAAAGAUGUUCGAUAUUAAGUUUGUAAAUUUAAUUUUAAAUGCUGUUUUAAUGGAGUUGAAAACAAGCAGCUACUGUAUGUAUGUAGCUAACUGAAUUUGUUCAGUGUUUUAACCUGUAUUUGUUAAAAAAGAAAAAAAACACACACAUAAAGUUCCAUGUGUAAGCUUCUCUAAAUAGGAACCACAAUUUGUCAAAUAUGUUUGCCAUAAUUUGUCAAUAAAGCUGAAAACUUUUGUAAAAACUAAAUUUGGAAUUACUUGUUUUCUAGCUUUAAAUGCCUGCUUUAUUUCUUCUUCAAGAGAUGCCUAAAAUGUUUUCUAUUUAAAAAUUACAAAAAUGAACCCAAGCCUGUUUUAAGAUAUUUGUGUAAUACUUAAAAAAGUGUAUUAAUAACUUAUGGUUGUUAAAUAAUUUAAAAGUUAACAAACUAAACUGUUACAUGAAUCAUGGUUAGUAAACACUAAUGUAUAACAUGUUAAUGGAACA